CGGGGAGGGGGCGCGGGGCGCCCGGCAGCGGGAGACGGAGGUGCCGGGGCGCGGCGGGCACACAAAGGAGCGGGCGCCGCCGUGGGCAGCGGAGAACGUUCCAGGAGAACGUGAAGCUCUGUGACAUUUAACUCUGAAGCUGGAUAUGCAUUAAACUUUUUUCAUUGCUCUCUAAAAUUGGGGAUAUCUUCACUGAAUAACUUGCUGCUUAAAGAAAGUAACAGAAGUUGGGAAAUUCAGGUUCACGUAACGCUAGGGACCAAAGAAGCAUUCGUAAUAUUUCUCUGGUGCUGGGAUCAACCUUCUGGAAGAAGACGCUAAAAUAACUUUUUGCCUUCAAGUUCUUUGUCCUGGGACUGACUUGUCUUUGGAGAAGAGCUCAUCAGAAAAGAAAAUUUUCACAUUGGAGCCAUUAAAAAUAAACCUGUUCAAAGAACAGGCAGACUUACAAAGGUUGACUCCUGCUUUUCAUCUGUGUUCCCACUUCAGACUGUAAACAAUGAGUGAGUUUUGGUUGUGUUUCAACUGCUGUAUUGCAGAACAGCCUCAGCCUAAAAGACGACGGCGGAUUGAUCGAAGCAUGAUUGGGGAGCCGACAAACUUUGUUCACACAGCUCAUGUAGGAUCUGGAGACCUGUUCAGUGGAAUGAAUUCAGUCAGCUCAAUUCAGAAUCAGAUGCAAUCCAAGGGAGGCUAUGGUGGUGGCAUAUCUGCAAAUGUUCAAAUGCAACUCGUAGAUACAAAGGCAGGAUAACCUUGGGGAUAACUUUCCUGUUUAUGUGAGUUCCUGUAUCUUCUUUCCUGUGUCCUCUCUUUUGCCUUGGUGACUGCUUUCUGUGCUCAUGACAAGAGAAGUGAUGGCUCAUUGUUCACCCUUCGUGAUUAGUCCAGUGAAAAGUUGCUGUUCUGCUCUGAUGAUGCCACUUAUGAGAUUGGUCCGACUGUGCCUUUCAGUGGCAUGCACGCAUUGGCCUCUACCAGUAUCAUGGACGUAGAGCUGUGCAAGGGUUAGGAACUCACGUUUUAAAAAGGAACUCGCCACGGAAGUUACGUCCAGAUAUGGACAACACUGGACAAACCAGACUAGCUCUAUUCACGCUAACCUUCUAAAGAUAUACCUUAAAUAACCUUGUUGCCAUCUAUAAGCCAAUUCUACAGAGGCCUAUUGUUAUUUGUCAUGUAUGCUCUACUGCUUGGGAAACUUUUCUGCUGUAUUUGCAAUGCUAACAAAACUUCAGUCUGAGGCCUAUACUUUUUUAACCAUUUCCUAAAAACCCUCUAACUUUAUGGAUUCCAACAGAGCUGUUUAGGAUUGGUUGUCACUUUUUAGUUGUUCUAAGGCACAUUAAAGUACCAGUCUUAGCUUUCCUCAUUCCUCAGAAAUACUAAUGUGUUGGAAUCUAUAAAGUUAGAGGGUUUUUAGGGUUUUUAGAGGGUUUUUAGAAAAGUAUUUCUUCUUUAUAAGCUAAGCAUUAAAUGCCAUCUUUUGAACUAUCUCAAAAGGCAGCUUGUGUAUAUCUAGACGUAACUGCCGCAGCGAGUAAAUUCCUUUGUAAAACAUAAGUUCCUAACCCUUGCAUUAAUGCACAACAUUCUGUUGCUUUUUAGUCUUUUAAUAUUUUCUCCACUCAAAUAGUUUAGAAAUGAAUGAGUUUCCACUAGUGUCUUCAAUUACCUAAUGUUCACUGAAUUUUUUAAAGGUCUGAGACCUGCAAGCACAAAUAAUUAUUUCAUACAAAAUCAACAGAGUAGAUGACUGCAUGCUUUGUGAGGUUGCUUUUUAUGGUGGCCUGCUUGGUGCUAAAAGAAAAAAAAAAUUGCUUACUGCAGAUGUGAAAAAUUUUGCUGUGGCACCAAGUCAUGCCUGUUUCUGAAAAAGGACUUGUAACUUAGCUGCUUCAGUCAUGUCUUUAUUUUAGUUUUUAUCCAAUUGGUCUUGAAAUAAUAAAGAGAGAGCUUGCAUUCAUGAGGCAUUUGUUGUAAAUGUUCAGUAUAUUUAUUUUGAAAGAGCUGACCUUGAGACCGUAAACCAGUGUAGUACCGUAUCUAAGUGUUGUGGAAUCGCUUUAGUCUAUUUACACAGAAGAGCAACGUUUGGCUGCUUCUUUUCCUUUCAAUUAAUUUCAACCUGUACAGUCAUUUCCAGUAGCAGCAUGUCAGACUGCCUGCAAUAUUGGCUGAAAAGUUUAGUAGACCUUUCUAAGUAGUUGGCAGUAUCUAUGUACUAAAUAUUUAGGGCCAUGGAAGUUGCUAAGAGCAACAUACUAAUCUGGCAGAACAGGUGCCAAUGAAAACAACAUACAGGGUGACUUUUUACUAAGUCAGUAAAAUGCCUUUUGCUCAGGUUCCAAAGCAUGUUUCUUUCACACGUUGUGAAACUGCAUUUUAAUAUUGCACUGUUUUCAGAUUAUCUCUAUAAGUGGUCCCUUUUUUGCUUCUUGCUGGUGGUUUUAGAGAAGUCAAUUAUUUGAGGCCUGGUUACAUUAGAUUUUUAUGAGGGAAAAAGACCCAAACCAUCUAAACAAAUAAGGCAUAACUGAUCCUAAUCAAAUCCAUUUCUAUGUGCAAAUAUGCAUGUAGACUACUGUCAUAAAUGAAUCUUUAUUCUCUUUCUAUUCUUUCCCUGAUUUCACAUUGCAACAGCUGGUGAUUUAAAUAUCUAUGAAUCUACCUACUCUUCUCUCUCUGUUUGUAAACAACACAUAAAAUACACAGCUAUGGAGGUAGUUUGCCUUCCUUAGGUUGUAUUUCAGUGGUAGAUGUCACUUAUCUGGUUGAAUAGUUCAAAGUAGGUUGGAUAGUGUUCGCUGAUAAAGAUUCUGAUUCCUGAUGAGAUGUUCAAUUGUCUGGAUGCAUAAGUACAUGGCAGUGCAGUGAUACAUAUAUUUUUUUUAGGGGUUAGCAUUUCCAAUGCCACUUUAACAAUGACUCUUAAAUAUACUACAAAAUUAUUACAAAAUUAUUUGAUCUUUGUUAUUGGUAAUAGCAGCUUAAAUUUGCUUGCCAAAACUAUCUUGCACUUGCCAAAAUGUUUUCAGCUCAAUAGCCAGGAAAAAAAUUGACAUAUUUUUAUAACAGACAUACUUUUUUUGUACAUUGUGUUCAUUCUUGAAUAAAGUCAGUUCAGUGUUGGCUUGUAGAUAUUAAAAGGAAAGUAUUGACUUUGAUUCAAUAAAUGUUUUCUUUCA